AUGACUACGUUCAAAAGAUUUACAGAGCUCUCUAGAGAGAUUCGAGAUCGAAUUUGGACCCUUGCCAUCCGGGAUGACCGUCCAGGAGUACACAUCUUCGGAGAAUAUAAGACCGCAAGCCAUCGUAUCGAAUCUUGGGGCGGUACAAGCUUUUACCUGGCUGCGCCUUCAUGGAGCCGAUACUUUGAGAGCCUGGAUGAGCAUCGCAGCGACGAGAAUAUUUCGACAUAUCUCAUAGACGGCGGCUUAUGGACCGCUUGUCACGAGUCACGAUGCAUCAUGGAAAAGCAUUUCAAACAAUCAGAACGACGCCCAAACCUACGUCCUCGUUACGAAUACGGAAUAACUUCUAGCGAGAAAGAACGUUUCAAAAGGGCCACGUCAGGUUACUUUGAUGGUGCUCCUCUUGAAAUAGUGACAGUUUUCCCUAAUAGAGAUCUUUUUAUCCUGCAGCACGAUGAUUUUGACAAGGUCGACUGGUUAUGCCUUGGUUAUGAAGUUUCUUUGGCAUCAACAAGAGAAGAGUUCGGUGCGGUGGGCCACAUCGCAAUCGAGUACGACCGAUCUUGGGGGGAUGGAAUUAGGAUUGACUAUGAGCUUUUACACGCUUGUGUCGGAGCAAACUACACCAUGUGGUUCAUUGACCGCUCUCUGAAAAGAAAGAGUCAAGCUCCAGUAUUCAAGGAAGAGUCAGACUGUUCCUGGAAGCUCAAUUCUUUCUAUGCCAGCGACAGGAAAUUCUUGGCGAUCACCGGCACUGACGAACUGCUCGACGACUGGGAAUAUAUCGGACCGGUCGAAACCAAUUGGUACAACCAGAUCUAUGAUUCGCUUAGCUUUGUUUGCCAGUUAGAGAGCGAUCUCACUGACCGGUACAUCGCUGGCGGCCUUGAAGCCGAGAAGCCCGGUACCGUUGGGCUUCUUGGAUGGGCCCCCUUGUGA